AUGAAACAACAAGCUUUUCUUACAUUGCCAACAAACAAUAAUGCCACCUAUUGUCAUGCAACAACCAUAACCACCAUCACCACUACUUCUACCUUCAAUGGUGCAGCAGCGAACACCUCUCAAAUGGUGGUUGCUAUCAUUCUUUCUUCUCACUUUCCCAUUCAUCAUUCAAACGAUAAAUCAUCGUUGGAUUCACAAGAAAUUACACCCGUCGAUCAAUCUUCUCUCCUUGAUUGCUCUUUGACACAACAUCCUCUCUCAAUAAGGAAAACAACCACAAUUACGGAAGAAUACCAAAAUAAGUUUCCCUUAGAUGUAAGCCAUGCCAGCGAAUCUCUCUUGAGAAGAAUGAAUUCAACAACGCAACAUCUUGGUGAGGGCAGUUCGGUCGUCAAUUCAUCAGAACAUCAUCAACAUAAAGAGGAUCAAGUAACCAACAAUAAUCUCAAAACCUUGGAUUCCUCAAAGCUAAUUCCGCUUAGAGAGAUUCCAAAGAAAUUGCAUUCAAUCCAACAUCCCUAA